CUUUUGUCAGUGUCCAAGAGUCCAAAUUGUCAUUAAGUGAAAAAUAGCUAUAGCUACCAAAAUGUCUGUUAAAAAACUUGAUACCUAGGUUAAGAAUUUUAGAUAAAAUAUGUAAUCAAUAACAUAAAGUAACAUAAAAACUCUUACUAAAUUAACAAUGACUACGUCUCCUACCAGAACAAAACAGAAAUUGUCUUUGCGGAAACGGUUAUUCGUAAAAAAGUCUCCUCGAGUCGGUUGCUAUGUUGAUACAGAAUCAAACGAUGAAUUUUCUCAGUCCACGUCUCGGCCCAUAUCGCCCGCGGAUCCUUUUUUAGCUCAAAGUGCGCAGCAUAUCGAAACCAGUGUAGAAGCGAUAGAUAAUCAACGAAAUGCUAGUGCUGAACCACUUUCCCAGAAUAGUAGUCACGGUGUCAGUCACAACCAAAGAGAAGAGGAGAUCAACCCUAAAUGCUGCCGUACCUUCUUUAGAAGAUCUCGACCCAAGAGCUUAGUAGAUGGAGGUCAUUCCAAAGAUGAACAGUGUCCAGAUACAUCCAGAGGUUGCAGUCCAGUAUCGAAUUCUAUUAAUAGUUUAAGUGACCAAACUAUUUCUCAAACGAAAUCAGACGAAAUACCCAAAGCAACUAUCAAAUUUCCUAAAAGUGAUGAUUCAAAAAAGAGCUUUGAACAUUCUGGUUCAUUUGAGGGCAUCAAAACAAAAAAUAAACUCUUUGUCAAACGUUUAUCAGCUGAUCAUCUGAUUUCUACUGAAAGCAAACCACUAUUUCGUUCUUCAUCUCCCGAGAGUGAUAGGAGUAGUUCUCUAGAUCGUAAAAGAAGAAGUAAAUCAACAAUAACCCGGUCUGCUUCUCGUGCGGGUAGCACUGAUAGCUUAGCACGUAACUCUUUGCUUGCUGCACAGGUGCUACGCCUCAUACCCACACAAGAAGCUCGUGAAAGAAAUUACCUUUAUGGUAGACUUGCCUCACAUUCACUCCUCGGCGCAGCUGAACUAGAACAUGUUUUUCCUGAUAGAGAAGUCAAGAUAUUUGUUGGCUCAUGGAACAUGAAUGGGCAAGCACCGCCAAGAGAGUUGGCUGAUUUUAUAUUUCCCGACCAAAUUAAACAUGUACCAGACGUGUUUGCUAUAGGAACUCAAGAGUCAUACUCAGAACGUACUGAAUGGGAGAUAACCAUACAGGAGCUUUUGGGACCAUCUCAUUUGUUACUACAUUCAUAUUAUCUAGGUACAAUACAUCUUGCGAUAUUCAUCCGGAGAGACUUAAUCUGGUUCUGCUCUCUGCCCGAAGACGCCAGUUUGUCGGUCCGUCCCGGGACAGCGUUUCGUACGAAGGGCGCCGUAGCGAUCUCCUUCGCUCUAUUCGGAUCGACCUUUCUGUUCGUGACCGCCCAUUUGACGGCGCACCAAGAGAAGGUCAAAGAAAGGGUUUCGGAUAUAAAGAGAAUCAUCAGAGCUAUUGAUUUACCGAAGAACUUACCGUGUCGUCACAAGAGUAAAGAUGUCACGAAUAAUUUCGACUACGUGUUUUGGUGUGGGGAUCUUAAUUUUAGACUGGGCGAGCCGAGAGCAGCGGUGCUGAGAUGGAUCGAACAAACUCAGUUUCCUUUGCCUCCGUACUUACCUCAUGGGCUUUUGCACGCCGACCAACUGACAGCCGUAUUAGAGGACGGCGCUGCAUUCAGGGACUUCAGAGAGGCCCCGAUAACAUUUCCUCCUACUUACAAGUACGAUCCCGGAAGUCAACAAUUCGACACGUCGAGCAAACAGAGGGCGCCAGCGUACACGGACCGGAUACUGUAUAAAUCGAGAACCAUGGCCAAUAACUCUACCUCGGCCUUUUCAGGUCUUCGUCGCAUCAGCGCGGUCCCGGUGUCGUCAGGCGUGAAGUGUCUCGCGUACAACUCUGUGCAGUCGGUGUGCACGAGCGACCACAAACCGGUCUGGGCUUUGUUCUCCACGACGCUGCGUCCCGGCACCGAUGUAGUGCCAUUAGCUGCUGGCUUAUUCAAUCGUGAAGUUUACCUGGAAGGUAUAAAACGCCGGCGGGCACUCCUCGACCACGCCCCCGGUACGUCAGCCGUUUGCAACGUACAAUAAUAAACAUUUGAAAUUAUAGUGAUGGGAAUAGUAUCCUAUCGAUAAUUGGAUUAGUCACAAAAUUCGAUGUUCAAUAGAUAUAUGCCGUGAAGGAACUCUAUAAACAUUAAGUACAAAUAGUUUAAAAUUCUAGCUUAACUUUCAUUGUCCCGAAUCGAAUUCAAUCUAUCGUUUUAACCAAUAAAAACACUAAGCGUGAUGGGAUGAAACAACAUGUUGAAAAGAUUUUUAACAACAAUGGCAACAUUAUAUCGUUUUAAAUUAUUUCGAUUUUGUGUUAAUGAGCGUUAAGCUUUAAGAAAUUACUCAUUUUCUCGUAAUUUAUAUAAGUAGCAAAAAGUAAUAAUUAAAACUGGAACUUUAUUUUUUAACAGGACAAUAAAUAAACCUUACCAAAGUAAAUUCAAACGGAUUACGAAUAUCAUCUUCGUUAACGUAAUUUAUAAAGGAAAAAGACAUUUAAUUGUAGCACGUGUUUUUUUGUGUGUUAUUUAUUAGUUUAAGUUGAAAUGAGUGCAAUGAAUUUAAUUUUUAUUCAGUCGUAUAACUGUUAAUUUAAAAAAAAACCUUCAUUAGAUGCAGGUUUUGAAAAAUGUUCUAUCGAUUAAAAAUCAAUUGAUUUUUAUCGGCGAAAUUCAAUUUUUUAGCCUUAUUGAUGUUAAAAAAAUAUUAAUCGAUAAAAAAUGAAUUAAAUUGCGUUCGCUUCUUGAUUGCAUCAUUUCAGUGAUGCGUAAAGGUUACACAAUAAACUUUGCUAGUUAAAAAAUAAAAAAUUAAUGAACAGACUUUGUUUAUGUUUGGAAAGAGACAUAUCAACAAGAACAUUUUGUUUAGUUUCAAAUAGAAUAUUUAGUUUUAGUAAAACACAUCAAAGAUGUCAAAUGUACGCUAGACGGUUUUAUUUAUUAAUUAUUAAUUUUCAUCACAAAAUAAUGUUUAUUUGUUCGAGAGUACGAAUCCUUAUUCCACUUUUGUGCGAAGAAAAAAUUAAAAACAAAUCUAGUCAUUAUCCAAAAAUCGAACGUCAGUAUUCACAAAGAUAAUUAUAUUUUAUUUACAUUGUUAAUAUCAAAUAGAGAUUAAGC